AUGGGUUGCGGAUGCUCCAGAGAACUCACCCCAUCCGAGGCUGCCAUCGAGGAGAGAGACGUUGCCAGCCACGAAAUGGCGCAGAAACUCGAGUGGUACGCCUUAUUGGAACGAGGAGUAUCAGAGAAGAGAAAGAAAGAGAAUAUCAAGGAGUACAGAAGAGACUGGAAAGAUUUCAAUGGUCGCCGGAACCGCCAUGACAGAGACCUCUACGAAAUUCGGACUUCAGAGAAAAAACGCACAUCAUUCCCAAGAUCACUACAGCAAUCUUAUUACAUCCCGUCCUCAGAGCAUACGACUAUGUUGGUUGCCUUGGUCACGCCCGUGGCAAAGAAACCCCCCACCACUCAACUCAGACAGUGGAAAAGCUCAGAAACUUUCACUGUAUCCAUUUCUCAGAGCACAGAACUACACCGGCUAUCCAGGUUCACUGUCCUGAACAUGACCAUGGCAACGCUAAACUCUGAAUCUCAUCCCCACCACCAAAGUCGGAACUAA